AAGGCAGAGAGGAGAGGGAGUACGUGAGUCGUCCAGUGCAAUCUAUUGUUUGAAACUUACUUUUUAUCAGAAUUUGAAGAUGAAAACGGUUAAAAAAUGAUCAUAUUUUAGUAACUAAUCAGCCUAAUGCUUUGAUGAUGAACAAUUUUACCAUCAUUAUUUUUUUCAUUUUGGAUUGAGAAAAUGAAUCCAGAUACAGAAGAAAGUACGGGAUGUUGGGGAAAAGUACCUGUUAAACAGUGGAACAUCUAAUAACUGAUUUUCAAGAAUUAUUAAAGAAGUAAAAUUGUUAUGCUUCGAUUUUGGUAUGGUGUUGACUCUCUAGCACAUAGGUAGCCCUCCAAAAAAAUACCAGUUUUUCAAAUUAUGGAAAUUUUGUGGAAGACGUUGACCUGGAUUUUGAGCCUCAUCAUGAUUUCGUCAGAAUUUCAUAGUGACCACAGGCUUUCAUACAGUUCUCAAGAGGAAUUCCUGACUUAUCUUGAACACUACCAGCUAACUAUUCCAAUAAGAGUUGAUCAAAAUGGAGCUUUUCUCAGCUUUACUGUGAAAAAUGAUAAACACUCAAGGAGAAGACGGAGUAUGGACUCUAUUGAUCCACAACAAGCAGUAUCUAAGUUAUUUUUUAAACUUUCAGCCUAUGGCAAGCACUUUCACCUAAACUUGACUCUCAGCACAGAUUUUGUGUCCAAACAUUUUACAGUAGAAUAUUGGGGGAAAGAUGGACCCCAGUGGAAACAUGAUUUUUUAGACAACUGUCAUUACACAGGAUACUUGCAAGAUCAACAUAGUACAACUAAAGUGGCUUUAAGCAACUGUGUUGGGUUGCACGGUGUUAUUGCUACAGAAGAUGAAGAAUAUUUUAUUGAACCUUUAAAGAAUACCACAGAGGAUUCCAAGCAUUUUAGUUAUGAAAAUGGCCAUCCUCAUGUUAUUUAUAAAAAGUCUACCCUUCAACAACGGCAUCUGUAUGAUCACUCUCAUUGUGGGGUUUCGGAUCUCACAAGAAAUGGCAAACCUUGGUGGCUGAAUGAUACAUCUGCUUUUACUUCUUCACUACCAAUUGAUGACACAUAUAUCCACCACAGACAGAAAAGAUCAGUAAGCACUGAGCGGUUUGUGGAGACAUUGGUUGUGGCAGACAAAAUGAUGGUGGGCUACCAUGGCCGGAAGGACAUUGAACAUUACAUUUUGAGUGUAAUGAAUAUUGUUGCCAAACUUUACCGUGAUUCCAGCCUAGGAAACGUUGUGAAUAUUAUAGUGGCCCGCUUAAUUGUUCUCACAGAAGAUCAGCCAAACUUGGAGAUAAACCACCAUGCAGACAAGUCCCUCGAUAGCUUCUGUAAAUGGCAGAAAUCCAUUCUCUCCCACCAAAAUGAUGGAAACACCAUUCCAGAAAAUGGGAUUGCCCACCACGAUAAUGCAGUUCUUAUUACUAGAUAUGAUAUCUGCACUUAUAAAAAUAAGCCCUGUGGAACACUGGGCUUGGCCUCUGUGGCUGGAAUGUGUGAGCCUGAAAGGAGCUGCAGCAUUAAUGAAGACAUUGGCCUGGGUUCAGCUUUUACCAUUGCACAUGAGAUUGGUCACAAUUUUGGUAUGAACCAUGAUGGAAUUGGAAAUUCUUGUGGGACGAAAGGUCAUGAAGCAGCAAAACUUAUGGCAGCUCACAUUACUGCAAAUACCAAUCCUUUUUCCUGGUCUGCCUGCAGUCGAGACUAUAUCACCAGCUUUCUAGAUUCAGGCCGUGGUACUUGCCUUGAUAAUGAGCCUCCCAAGCGUGACUUUCUUUAUCCAGCUGUGGCCCCAGGUCAGGUGUACGAUGCUGAUGAGCAAUGUCGUUUCCAGUAUGGAGCAACAUCCCGCCAAUGUAAAUAUGGGGAAGUGUGUAGAGAGCUCUGGUGCCUCAGCAAGAGCAACCGCUGUGUCACUAACAGUAUUCCAGCAGCUGAGGGGACACUGUGUCAAACUGGGAAUAUUGAAAAGGGGUGGUGUUAUCAGGGAGAUUGUGUUCCUUUUGGCACUUGGCCCCAGAGCAUAGAUGGGGGCUGGGGUCCCUGGUCACUGUGGGGAGAGUGCAGCAGGACCUGCGGGGGAGGCGUCUCCUCAUCCCUAAGACACUGUGACAGUCCAGCACCUUCAGGAGGUGGAAAAUAUUGCCUUGGGGAAAGGAAACGGUACCGCUCCUGUAACACAGAUCCAUGUCCUUUGGGGUCCCGAGAUUUUCGAGAGAAACAGUGUGCAGACUUUGACAAUAUGCCUUUCCGUGGAAAGUAUUAUAACUGGAAACCCUAUACUGGAGGUGGGGUGAAACCUUGUGCAUUAAACUGCUUGGCUGAAGGUUACAAUUUCUACACUGAACGUGCCCCUGCGGUGAUUGACGGGACUCAGUGCAAUACGGAUUCCCUGGAUAUCUGUAUCAAUGGAGAAUGCAAGCACGUAGGUUGUGAUAAUAUUUUGGGAUCUGAUGCUAGGGAAGAUAGAUGUCGAGUCUGUGGAGGGGAUGGAAGCACAUGUGAUGCCAUUGAAGGGUUCUUCAAUGAUUCGUUGCCCAGAGGAGGCUACAUGGAAGUGGUGCAGAUACCAAGAGGCUCUGUUCACAUUGAAGUCAGAGAAGUUGCCAUGUCAAAGAACUACAUUGCUUUAAAAUCUGAAGGUGAUGAUUACUAUAUUAAUGGUGCCUGGACUAUUGACUGGCCUAGGAAGUUUGAUGUUGCUGGCACAGCUUUUCACUACAAGAGACCAACUGAUGAACCAGAAUCCUUGGAAGCUCUAGGUCCCACCUCGGAAAAUCUCAUCGUUAUGGUUCUGCUUCAGGAACAGAAUUUGGGAAUUAGGUAUAAGUUUAACGUUCCCAUCACUCGAACUGGCAGUGGAGACAAUGAAGCUGGCUUUACUUGGAAUCAUCAGCCUUGGUCAGAAUGCUCAGCUACUUGUGCUGGAGGUGCCCAAAGACAGGAGGUGGUCUGUAAAAGGCUGGAUGACAACUCCAUUGUCCAGAACAAUUACUGUGACCCUGACAGUAAGCCACCUGAAAAUCAAAGAGCCUGCAACACUGAGCCCUGCCCACCUGAGUGGUUUAUUGGGGAUUGGUUGGCGUGCAGCAAGACUUGUGAUGGUGGAAUGCGCACAAGGGCUGUGCUCUGCAUCAGGAAGAUUGGACCUUCUGAGGAGGAGACACUGGACUACAGUGGUUGUUUAACACACCGGCCUAUUGAAAAAGAGCCCUGCAACAACCAGUCAUGUCCACCUCAGUGGGUGGCUUUGGACUGGUCAGAAUGCACUCCAAAAUGUGGUCCAGGAUUCAAGCAUCGGAUUGUUCUGUGCAAGAGCAGUGACCUUUCUAAAACAUUCCCAGCUGCACAAUGCCCAGAGGAAAGCAAACCUCCUGUCCGUAUCCGCUGCAGUUUGGGCCGCUGCCCUCCUCCUCGCUGGGUGACUGGAGACUGGGGCCAGUGCUCUGCUCAAUGCGGCCUUGGACAGCAAAUGCGGACUGUGCAAUGUCUCUCCUACACAGGACAGGCAUCUAGUGACUGUCCAGAAACUGUUCGGCCUCCAUCGAUGCAGCAGUGUGAAAGCAAAUGUGACAGUACCCCCAUUUCCAAUACUGAAGAGUGCAAAGAUGUGAAUAAAGUGGCUUAUUGCCCACUGGUGCUGAAGUUCAAGUUCUGCAGUCGAGCAUACUUCAGACAGAUGUGUUGUAAGACUUGCCAAGGACACUGACCCACGGAAAGCCAAAGAGAGAGCCUUGUCAUUUCAUCAUGGAAAUGCGUCCAUCAAAGAGAGCCACCCAGAGGAAGAGGAUUGAGGUCCUUGCAAAUGCAUUACCCUGUGGAAAACGUAACCACUGGUCAGCCCUAGCUGACAGGAUUUCAAUAUUAUUUUAACUUCUGUGAAGUGGGAUUUAUUGAUCCAAAGUGCUGGACACGGUAUUAGGGGGAGAUGCCAGAUUGGAGAGAUCCAAACAACACAGGGAGACUUGCUUACUGUGGAACGUUUGCGUUCUUUCGAGUAAAUCCAAUAGCCUGUUUACCUCCUUGGACCAUUAAAAUAAUUUUUAUUAUGGACUUAGCAAUGACACUGAAUCCAUUUGUAUUUAAAACUGUUUAAAAUGUAGCUGUUAUGACUUGGUCAACUAUGGAAGUAAAGAAGAUUCAGAAAUCUAAAGUCAUAGCUUAAAAAUAUUUAGUAUACUUUAUCUCACUACAAUAGCACCACAAUUUAAAUUAUAAAAUGGGCUUUGAACUAUAAUUUAAGGAGCAAUUAUAAAUCAAAAGUAAUGAAAGUUUGUAUCGUUUUUCUUCAUUCCACUUAAUUUCCUUAGGAGAAUAAUCCCCCUGUUCUGAACACUGCUGUGAGCCAUAUAUAAAACUAUAUGAAACCGAACAACAAUGAAGAACUUAGUUUAAAGCAGUGCAUCAGUUACUGCAGCUGUGCAAGUCUAUAAAUUCAGUGCUAAAAGGCUAUGGCCAACUUGCCAUUGUGCAAGUGAAGCUGAGAUUUCCAUUAAAACUUUAAGAGAAAAACAUUUCAAUCUCAUGCAGAGGCCAGACCCGAGGUAUGGUAGAGACUGAAGUACUAGGUCCUUUGCCGCCAUCAUGUAGGCUGCCUCAGUUCUUAUCUGAGUCACCCCAACUCACUUGUGUUUACAUCCUCAUCAGCCGCAGAACGGCUUCUGCCCUGUUAGAUUGUUGCACGCGAUUUGAGCUUACUGAGAUGAUACCAUGCAAAAGACCGACUGGCUCGGUAACAACCAGGCAGACCCUUUUGCAAUUUGCUGACAAUUAUGAUGAGUUCCAGAUGUCCCUUCUUUGAUAUGGUGGAAGGGCAUUUAUUUAUAUGAGAGCAAGUGUGUGUGUGUGUGCGGGCGCUUUGAGUGUGUGGAUAGAUGAGUGUGCUUGCACAUAAAUGUGCUAUUUCUGUGAGUUUUAAAGUAGGCAAGGCAUAACAACCAAAGAAGAAAAACUCAUGAAGACUAGAGAUCCUAAAGCAUAAUGUUAAUAAUCACCCAACCAAGUAUUUUGUAUUUUUUAUGGAUACUCUGAAUGGCAAUCAAAUGUGAAACCCAGUUUCUUGGGCAAGUCAAAUUCUAGAAUCAAAUGUACCUAAAUUAAAAUGACUAGCUGAGAUUGUCCAUAUUUUCAAAGUUUUACAUCCUGCUCAUCAAAAGACUCAACACUUAGAUUUUAAAAGAGGGGCACUUGUUUAUAUUAAUAUUUUGUUCUUGGACACUUGCAGCUUGCAGCAGGCACUAAGUGGAUGUCCUUGGUGUCCAGCAGCCUCCUUUGCUGUAGUACACCAUGUGUACACCUAAAGCUCAAAACCAAAUGGCUACUUGGUAAAGAUAAUAACUUGCAGUUAAAGAGCAUGUUUGACUUAAAUUCAUCACUGUGUUCUGAAACUACAUGCCAAGUGUGUCACAGAAACCGUGACCUAAUGUGAAUGAUUAGGUUUUUUCAGAAAGGAAUAGACUUUUAUAUCUAAACUUCCAUGUUUGACUGGACAGUCGGCAGGGGAAGUUGUUCUGCAUGCUCAGUCAUGGCCAUUGUACCUCGUCACCUGCUUUCUCUCACAGCAGCACAACUCGCAUCCCUGAGCUUUCCAAACAGAGAGAGCUGUCGACGACACACGAGAGUGUCCUGCAGGGGGCCCUCUCUGUGCUGCCCUUACAAGGACAGUCCAAGUGCCAUGUGAGCCAUUCAGUGAAGGGAGGGCCGCCCGCAGACGCACAGCACCAGCACCGGUACUGAAUUCCCUUGGUCCUUUUCAAAGAACAGUUAACUUGGUGCUAACGUGCCCUGGUGACAUUUUUAAAAAAGAACGAGAGAAGGAAGGGUAGCUUUUGUGGCAUUUUAGGCAUAGGUUUGCUAUUAGGAUCUGAUUUUCUCCAGGGCACCAACAUAAAUAUCAGUUUCUGUUUCUAUUUCAGAAAGAUUUUUUACAUGAAUAACUACAGGCUUUUUUUUUUUUUUUUUUUAACCUCACCUGGAAACUAACAUUGUGGAGGCUUCUUUCCUGGGCAUGGCGUGGUGCUCUGACUGGUGCUAUGCGAGGAGGGCAGCCAGUGUUCCUCUGGAACAUGCAACAGCACUGAGGUCAGGAUGCAGAGAACUCUCUGGGCAUCAUCAGAUUACUUUUCUAAGGAAGAACCAAGCACAGAAUACAAUGGGAUUUAUAAUUUUCAAAUAGACGUGAAUUUAUACGCAAGUGGGGGGAGAAAUGAUACUCCACAGCACAUCACAAUACUGCUGCUACUCUAGCCACCCACAUGGCUAAAUUAUGCUCUAUGCCUAUCUAAUAACAGUACCAUCAGCAGAGGCUGGGCAUCGGGGCAGCCCUCCGAAAGUAGUGAGCUAUACUACUUAGGGAGUCACCAGGAAACCUGUACCCUACUAGCUGAGAACAGUGUCUGCCACUGGUUAUAAAGGCCUAACAAAAAAGGGAAGGUAAAAUGUACCAAACUGAUUAAACUCCUUGAGAUACAUAUGACUUCCCAACAGUCCAUUUCAUCAGGAACUUUUUUAUUUGAGUGACUGUCACCUAGGUAUCCUUAAUAAUGCAGAACGAAAUUACCUUUGUAUUAUUGUGAUUUAGUUGUUGCUUAUUAUUUUAUACCCAGUAUUAAUGUGGUACACUGUUACUUUUUUUUUCGCUUUUGUAAAUUAUAUUCUAAUUUAUUGCUGUGUUUCCUAACACUUGUCCUACAUUCAUUCUUCUGCUUGUAAUGAAAAUGAAAAAGACAUUGUAACACUUGAUGGAGUGAAAUUCCACACCAAGCACAGAUUUUUUUUUUAACAUAGAUAAUUUAGUAAAAAUAAAAAAUCAGCUUGUAA